AAAUGCAGAUAAAUAUUGUAGUCUGUUGAUCCUUUCUCUAUUUCUCAUCCUCGGUUGCUCAUUGUCUUCUAUCUCAUGGAAACGUGGUUACUCAUUCUCAUGUCCAUGGCCAUUACUGCUUUUCCGAAAGCUCUCAUCAAUCUUUUCUUUCCUUCCAAGGACCCCAACCUCCCUCCAGGCCCCUUUAAGGUUCCUAUCAUCGGCAACAUAUUAUGGCUUCGCUAUACCUACACCAAACUCGAGCCCGUCAUUCGUUCCCUCCUCCCCAAGUUCGGCCCUGUUAUCACCCUUCACAUCGGUCGUCGCCCCUUCAUCUUCGUUGCUGAUCGCUACCUUGCCCACCAUGCCUUGAUCGAAAACGGCGCAGUUUUUGCUGACCGCCCCCCUGCUCUUGCUAUUGAUAAAAUCAGCAGUAGCAAUCAGCAUAGUAUCAACGCGGCCUCUUACGGCCCUACAUGGCGUCUCCUCCGGCGGAACCUCGGUUCAGAAAUCCUCCAUCCUUCAAGGGUGAAGUCAUAUUCUCACGCUCGAAAGUGGAUGCUGCAAAUCCUCCUCAAUCGCUUUGAAUCAGAGUCGAAAUCUGGACAUCCUGUUCGUGUUGUGGAUGGUCUUCAAUACGCAAUUUUUUGCCUGCUGGUCCUCAUGUGUUUUGGUGACAAGCUGGAUCAGAAACAAAUUGAAGAAAUUGAGAGAGUAGAGCGUGCUAUGCUUUUGACUAAUGCCAGAUUCAGUAUACUCAAUUUCUGGCCAAGAUUUUCCAAAAUGGUGCUUUGCAGAAGCUGGUCAAAUUUCUUGCAGCUUCGAAAGAACCAAGAAGACGCAUUAAUUCCUUUAAUAAGAGCAAGAAAGAAGGUAAAAGAAGAGAAAUUGAGCAAAUCCAACAACGAAAAUGAUGACUAUAUCUUAUCAUAUGUUGAUACGCUUUUUGAUCUUGAACUUCCUGAUGAGAAAAGGAAGCUCAGCGAAGAUGAAAUUGUUACUUUGUGCAAUGAAUUUCUUAACGCAGGCACAGACACUACCGCCACGGCCUUGCAAUGGAUCAUGGCGAAUUUGGUCAAGUACCCACAUAUUCAAGAGAAGCUUUUCAUGGACAUUAAAGGGGUUGUUGGAGAUGCAGCAGAAGAGAUAAAGGAAGAUGAUCUGCAAAAGAUGGCGUAUUUGAAAGCUGUAGUUUUAGAAGGGCUAAGGCGGCAUCCACCAGGGCAUUUUGUGCUGCCACAUGCAGUGACUGAAGAUGCGAUGUUGGGUAACUAUUUAGUUCCCAAAAAUGGGACUAUAAAUUUCAUGGUAGCAGAGAUUGGUCGGGAUCCAAAGGUGUGGGAGGAUCCAAUGGCAUUCAAGCCUGAGAGAUUCAUGGGGAGUGAAGAAGUGUUUGAUAUAACAGGAAGAAGGGAGAUAAGGAUGAUGCCAUUUGGAGCGGGAAGGAGGAUGUGCCCUGGCUUUGGCUUAGCAAUGCUUCAUUUGGAAUAUUUUAUAGCUAAUUUGGUUUGGAGUUUUGAGUGGAAAGCUGUGGAUGGAGAUGAUAUUGACCUGUCUGAGAAGCAGGAGUUUACAACGGUGAUGAAGAAUCCAUUGCAGGCCCUCAUAUCUCCCAGGUUCAAAAACAUAAGUUGAAAGAAAUUGAUGGUAUGGUAUUAGUAGCCCACUGUGCCACUUGUUGCAUAAUUGCCUAUCAGCUUUCAAUAUUAAUGUUAUAAUGCGAGAUAUAUAUAUAUAUAUA